AUGAUCAACCCUCAAGACAGAUUUUGGUCCGACAGCCAGGGCUACUACGGCCCGAGCGAAAAUCCUGCCACCAAAUUUUAUUCCAAUGUCUGGGAUUGGGAUCAAUUACGGAUGAUCAAGGUGAAAGGCACCACUAAGCUGUUUCCGCCUGAUGGGGAUAUAGAGCUUUCCAUUUUAGCGCCAUUAGCGGAUUAUCUAUCACCGGAAGUUCGUGCAAUCACAGUCGAUGACGAUGGCCUUCUUACUGAGCUUUCAACUGAUCUGGAAGAAGAUGAUACCAUGUUUAUUGCAUACCCUCCUCUCUCGCUAUAUGGGAUCAUGCAUCAAGAUAUUACACCCCGGAAUGUGCUUAUCGAUUCUUCCACACAUAAAAUCCUUCUCUUCGACUUCGAUCGUGCUACAUCUGGAGAGAAAAACCUACAUGACGGUCGAGAUGACGUUAGUAGCGUUGUGUUCACAAACUACGAGCUUAUCACGAAUGAUACAUCCUUCUCAGGUAUCCCCUACUGGGAGCGAAAUAUCGAUAUGGUGCAAAAUGUCUCAGAGUGGACUAGCCAUCGCGAACUAGACUCUAAGGUAUCAGAAUUCCGCAAACAUUUGAAUGAAUGGGUAGCAACACGAAGAUCCAACGUGGAUGAAGACAUGAAACGAUACCUGAAUGCACCACACCGACUUACCUUGCCGGACCUACCAACGGCACCUGAGUACACUGUACCAUUUGAGAUAGGCACAAGGAAUGGAAAGCCAGUUUGGAGAACGGGCGACGGUUUAGGAACACUGCAAUGA